AUGGACUCCUUUCCGUCGCUGCUUGAUCGGCCGGACCCUGUGCUGGACUCGGGAAAGGCAUUCUACAACGAGCCUUCGUCAACGAGCGCACACAAGUCGUCAGUCAUCUUUUACAACUCGCCGAGGUACUUUGAGCCGACUCGACCAACGGCCGCCUCACUAAUUCUGUCCGGCUCCGACGAUGGGGGAGACGAAGUGGACUCUGCGGCCUACCUGUCGACAGUGACACCCCUCACUUCUGCCGAAGUCAACAACCUUUACAGGCACACAUUGACCGUCAAGCGCGUGGUGCGAAUGACGGGAAAGGGGAAACAGCCCAAGAUGGCUUCGCUCGUCGUCGCCGGCAAUGGACGCGGACUGGUCGGCUACGGUGAAGGAAAGGACUUGAAUGCGGGCAAGGCGAGUCGAAAGGCUUUCCACGAGGCCGUCAAAACAUUGGACUACGUCGAACGAUACGAUGGUCGUACGAUACCCGCAGAAGUCCGUGGUAAAUGGGGUGCUACUACCGUCACUCUUCGACCUAGGCCUGCCGGUUUCGGUCUUCAGGUCCCGCCUUCCAUCCAUGCCAUCGCUAGAUCCUGCGGAAUCUCUGACCUCAGCGCCUCGAUCCUGGGCUCAACAAACCCUUACAAUGUGGUCAAGGCUACGCUACAGCUUCUGUGGGGAGGCACUGCCCCCCUGGGUCUUGGCGACGGCAUUGGCGGAGCUAUGAGGAGAAAAGACAGAGGCGUGGGCAUGCGGACAGUCAGAGACAUUGAGAUGGCCAGAGGCAGACGUCUGAGAGAGGUGCCGCAGAAUUAG